CCCUUUUUUUAACAAUCGGUCGAUUAGUGGAGACUGAAAAGCGUAAAGCGCCGGGCCGGGCGUCUCUGUGCGGAAGCCGCAGAUAUCGUGAAAAACAUCAUACUUUUUUCCCUUCUGAUAAUAAGUUCAAAGCCAGAACUCUAACUGUUCAAUAUGGAAUCGGGCUCGAGCGGGGAAGAACCCACUUCUUGGGAUGAGCUAUAUAAUAUCAAUUUGAUGCCGUCGGAGUUCUUCUUCAAGUUCCGGAAGGAGAUACAAGGUCUUCGAGUUGGUCUUAAUAUGGAGUUCUACAAUGCUCCAUGCAAUGAAUAUCAAGCAAAGCUUGUAUUUAAGCCUUUGACACCUGAAUGGAAGUGGAAAUUUAUUUAUGAGCCUAUUCAUCAUGAUGUUCGCCUUCUCUCGAAAAAGAUCCCAAUAACCAAAUUUCUGAAUCUCCAGGUUGGUGUGGGGCACAAUUUUCAGAUGCAUGCUACUGGGUGGAAAUGGAAGCUCACGACUUGUUUAGGUGGAGAUGGUGUCUCUCGGAUUCGAAAUAAGACAACUCUUGGCUUGUUUCCUGGAUUUGAUUUACGGUUUGGAUGGAGGGCAGAUUAUGUUCUUCCAGAACUUACUGGAGCUCUGGGAACUGGUGAACCAAUGUUAAAGAUGGACUCAGGACGAUUACAAGCAUCACUUGAUAGAGUUGAGGCCAUCUUAACCCACAGUGAUGCUGAUUGAUUCAAUCAAAGAAUGGAUGAUAACAACAGGAGAAAGUAAACCAGGUAUAACAUUAAUUCCUCCAAGGAAGCCCCGCAACGUGGGUUAAAAAAUUGUAGCAGAAUCCACUAACAUGUCAUGGGACGCAUAUUUAAUGCUAGAAGAUUAAUCUAUCAAUUUCUCAGGUUUUGUUCUUUUAAACUUUGAAGAAACAUGCAGUUGAGCCCGAGUUUAUUUAUAAGUAUGCAUCUUUGCGGAAAGUAUGCAUUAUUUCACUAUCUUGAUGAUGAAUCUAAAAAUCUAGUCAUUGACAAUUGAGAAGUGUUCAUCAUCCUCUGUAAGUUUUUGCUGGUUCUGGUAGGUAUUAGGUGAUGCAAAGGAAGAGAAGAUUGAUGAUUGAGAACACAUUUUCUGUUAUGGUUGUCAAAUGUGCAUACAUGGUUCUCUUCCUUUUUUGGGGGCCUGAAGUGCAUACAUGGUUUCCUAAUAAUAAUGUUAAUAAAUGGCUUUACUAGGAUCAUUGUUUGUAAAUGUGGCUGCAUUUUCUUUGAUUCAGACUUUGAAUUUGAGAUACUGCAAGAUUUCUAGUUACUCCAGCAUACCUCACUUUAUUUGUACAGCACGGUUGGUGCGUGUUUCUUAGCUAUUCCAGAUCACCUACUUUUUGCAUAUCAGCAUAUAUCAUUUAUGGUUGAUUUAGGUCUUCUAAACUAAUGCAUCAAAUAUCUAAGAGUAACGUAAAAGAGUGAAAAGUUGAGAGGGUGGGUCUAUUCUCCCCCAACCCCUCUCUCCUUUUUUGCCUGUUAAUUUACGCUGAACUUUCUCUUUAUCUCCUUCUGAAUGCAUAAUAUGUAUUUAUUUAUUUAUU